CCGCCCUGGAACAUCGAGAGGGGAGAAGCGCUUCCGGGCCUGGACUUCCGGAGGAGGCCCAGCAGAAUGGCGGCGCUGGGAAAGCAGAAAGUUGUCUAAUGCCUGAUUUCUGAUAACCAAGAAGAAUAGGAAUUUGGAAAUCAAGAUGAGAACCAACAAAGUUUACAAGCUUGUCAUACACAAGAAAGGCUUCGGAAGCAGCGAUGAUGAGCUUAUGGUGAACCCAAAAGUAUUUCUUCAGAUCAAGUUGGGAGAUAUAGUGGAAAUAGCACACCCCAAUGAUGAAUACAGUCCGCUGCUCCUGCAAGUGAAGUCGCUCAAGGAAGACUUACAGAAAGAAACCAUCAGCGUUGAUCAGACUGUUGCUCAGGUGUUUCGACUGAGGCCCUACCAGGAUGUCCAUGUGAAUGUUGUUGACCCCAAGGAUGUGACUCUGGAUUUAGUGGAGCUGACAUUCAAGGACCAGUACAUUGGACGCGGAGAUAUGUGGCGGCUUAAGAAGAGCUUGGUUGGCACAUGUGCUUACAUCACUCAGAAGGUGGAAUAUGCAGGAAUUCGGGCUCAGGCAGGUGAGCUGUGGGUUAAAAGUGAGAAAGUCACCUGUGGCUACAUCAGCGAGGAUACUCGGGUGGUGUUCCGCUCGACUUCUGCCAUGGUUUACAUCUUCAUCCAGAUGAGUUGUGAAAUGUGGGAUUUUGACAUCUACGGAGAUCUUUACUUUGAGAAGGCUGUGAAUGGCUUCCUGGCUGACCUUUUCACCAAGUGGAAGCAGGAGAAGAACUGUAGCCAUGAAGUGACAGUGGUUCUCUUUUCUCGAACCUUCUACAAUGCCAAGUCACCAAAUGAAUUUCCAGAGACGCAGCGUUGCUCAGUUCAGCAGGAUCAUGAAGGCCGAUUCUAUGAAGACUUUUACAAGGUUGUGGUUCAGAAUGAACGACGAGAGGAGUGGACGUCUCUGCUUGUGACCAUUAAGAAGCUCUUCAUCCAGUACCCUGUUCUGGUGCGCUUAGAGAAGGCAGAGAGUUUUCCACCUGGAUACAAUUCCACCUCUGCUCAAGGAAAUUAUUUGGAGGCCAUAAACCUCUCCUUUAAUGUGUUUGACAAACACUACAUCAAUCGAAAUUUCGACCGGACAGGGCAGAUGUCUGUGGUCAUCACGCCAGGGGUGGGAGUCUUUGAAGUGGACCGCCUCCUCAUGAUCUUGACCAAGCAACGAAUGAUAGACAAUGGGAUUGGGGUAGACUUGGUGUGCAUGGGAGAGCAGCCCCUCCACGCAGUGCCCCUUUUUAAGCUACACAAUCGCUGCAGUUCUGGAGAUUCUCGCUUGGGGGAUGACUACAAUAUACCCCACUGGAUCAACCACAGUUUCUAUACUUCCAAAAGCCAACUUCAGUGUAACAGUUUCACCCCACGGAUCAAGCUGGCAGCCCAGAAACCACAGAGUGAAAAAGCAAAAAGUAGCAGGGAAUCUUCUUUGGGAGCUCCUAAAGAGGCAGAGAAUGCUCUUCCCAUUCAAGUUGACUACGAUGGAUAUGAUGCCCAGGUUUUCCGUCUGCCUGGCCCCUCCAGAGCCCCACGUUGCACCACCUUCAGGUCUGUACGAGAGAGAGAGAGCCGGCCCUGGAAGACCUCCAGCUCUUAUGAUGUCUCGUCCAGCCCCUCCCUGCAGAGUCGGCCCUUGCCCCCCGAAGAGGUCCGGAGCCAGGCUUCAGAUGACAGCUCUCUGGGGAGGAUCUCCGACAUCCUCAUGAUCCCACGCCCUCACCUGCACCUGCAGUAUGAAGUCAGCAGCUCACUGGGCUACACCAGCACCCGAGAUCCCCUUGAGAACAUGUUGGAGUCUCAGCAGCGAGACUCGAGUGCCCCUGGAAGAUUUCACGUGGGCAGUGCUGAAUCUAGGCUGCACAUCCGUUCUGCUGGGGGAUACACACCGCAACGGGCACUGAUCAAUCCCUUUGCCCCUUCCCGGAUGCCCAUGAAACUCACGUCCAAUAGGAGGCGUUGGAUGCACACUUUCCCUGUGG